UUCGCGCUUCUCAGUUCCGGCCGUGUUAACGUGCGCAUCGGCUCCAGAUGCACCUGUGACAAAGCGGUGCCUUCAGGGGAGGGAGAGAAAAUAAUAAACAAGCCGGCAUCUCUGAGUUAAUCUGCAGCAGAGACUCGCGUCUUGUCGAGAGGACCGUCCAUCCCGCUCCGCCGACUGAACAAUGGCCAUCCCCGAGGAGAUCCGCAGGCUUCUGGAAGAUGCGGAAUACUUUGUGGCCGAGGUCCUGCACGGGGAGAAGCUAAGCAAGAAAGCAAAGGAUAAGAGGGAGACGCUGCUGCAGUUCUUCCAUCACGUGAAGUACAGAUAUCAGCAAGAGCUCCAGGUCAAAGGAGAAGCCGGCGACUGGGGUUCAAAGGAGGACAGUUCCGACGACAAUCUGAGCGGCACCCAACCAUCGGACAGCGUUUCAGUCGCCUCAGACAACCAGGAGGAAGCGCUUUUCGAAGACAUCCCGCUCAUCGCCGCGCAGGACCUGUCCAGCGUGCUGAAGCAUGGCUACUUGGAGAAGAAGCGCAGAGGUACGUUGCCGAGAAACUCCCCGCUCCUUCAGGGCAGCACCCCGUGA